AUGAAUUCAAUAUUUGAACUUUUAGAUUGUUAUGAUGAAAAAGAAAAGGAGAUCUUUGAAUUGUAAAUAUCGCAUGCUAUUCAAGCCUUAAUUCAAAUAAAAAUAAUAUGA